AAAUCCAAGGGAUUACUCGAUGAUUUACGUACUUUCAGAUGGAUGACAGUUCCAGCAUCUUCGGCUAAAUUGGCAGGUAUUGUCAUUCUCUUAUGGGCAAAUUGGCAGGUAUUCACGCCAAACGUACCAAAUCCGUUCACACCUCUUCUCUUUAUCACACAUCAGAUUCCCAUCUCUGAAGUGAUCAAAUCCAAUCCAUCUUUGGCUGCUAACAAUGACGUGAUUCGUUAUCAAAAGGGAUAUGGAGAUAUUCUCUUCCUUUUGUUUUACAUCAUCGUCUUUAGCUUCUUACGUCAAUCUACCACAAUCUACAUCUUCAAACCUUUUGCUGCUUGGUGGGGAAUAAAGAACGAUCGUAAACGUGAACGAUUUAUGGAACAGGGUUACUCAUUCCUUUAUUGGGGAUCGGCAGGAUUGUUUGGUAUAUAUGUGAUGUCCUUCCAAGACAGUUGGUGGUAUCAAAUGGAACAUCUUUGGGUCAAGUAUCCUCAUUGGAUGAUGAGAUCAGAAUUGAAGGUGUAUUACCUACUUCAAUUCAGUUAUUGGAUGCAACAAGCUUUGGUCAUGCUUUUGCGUUUAGAAGCACCGAGGAAGGAUUAUUAUGAAUUGAUCGCUCAUCAUCUUGUCACCCUUUGGCUCGUCGGUUGGUCGUAUUUGGUCAAUUUGACAAUGAUUGGAACGACCGUUUUCGUUUGCAUGGACGUUCCUGAUACUUUCUUAGCAGCGGCAAAAGGUCUAAAUUAUUUGGAUUUAAACAACAUUGCAACGGCAACCUUUAUCGUCUUGAUGUUCAUUUGGACGUAUUUCCGUAUUUACCUUUCAGCAGUGACGCUUUAUUCGGUUUGGUAUCAAUUUGACUUGAUCCCUCAUUUUGCACGAGAAUGGAACCCAAGAAAAGGAUGGUGGAUGAUUUGGUGGAUGAAAUAUCAAACGUUUGCACCUCUUUUCCUGCUGUUGCUCCUCAACUUGUUCUGGUACGUUCUCAUGUGGCGUGUGAUGUACAGAGCAGUUCAAGGCAGUGUAGGCGAUGUACGAGAAGAUGGAGAAUACGACGAAGAG